AUGGCGGAGAUUGCUGUGGAGUUCUUGCUUAGCAAGGUCGCUUCGAUCAUUCAUAAAGAGGCAUCCUUGAUAUCAGGAGCCCAAGAUGAGUUCCAUGAAAUCAAGCUUGAGUUAGAGAAGCUGAGAUCUUUGGCACGGGAUGCAGAUCAAAGGAGCGAGUCUGAUGAAGGGGUGAGAACCUGGGUGACUCAAGUCAGAGAAUCAGCUUACGAGCUCGAGGACAUCAUCGACGAGUUCACCUAUUCCAUGCAGAACCAGGCCAACGAUGGGAUAUUCCGGCGUUUCUUUCUCACCGCCGUUGACCUCUCAAGAAGCAUUGUGGUUAGGUCUCAAAUCGCCACAAAGCUGGAAGCAAUGAACAUCAAGAUCAGAGAUCUUGUUACAAGAAGCGAGCGCUAUGGCAUCAAAAGCGUAGGAGCCCCAAUUGUCCGUGAUUCUCGUGGAAACUCAUUGAAUCGCCAUGGAGAUCAGUCAUCUCCGUACGUUGUUGAGGAUGAGCAUGUCGUGGGAAUUGAAGAAAAUCGACUUCUGUUGUUGGCAUGGCUGAGGGACGGAGAACCAGAACGAAAGGUGAUUUCGGUGGUCGGAAGCGGGGGAUUGGGUAAGACUACCCUGGUUUCACAGGUUUUCAACAACCUAAUUUUGAAGAGAAGUUUCGACUGCUACGCUUGGGUGACCGUCUCUCAGACUUACACGAUCGAGAAUGUGCUCAGGAAGAUGGUGAGUUAUCUUUUCGAUGAAAAGAAGGAACUGUUUCCCGAUGACUUGAGCGCAAUGGAUUACAGACGGCUAGUCGACGUGCUGGUUGACUUCUUGAAGCAGAAAAGGUACUUAAUUGUGUUAGAUGAUGUACGAACUCUCAAUCUCUGGGGAGAAAUUGUUGUUGCACUUCCAGAUGCAAAGCUUAGAAGUAGAAUCAUGAUUACAACUCGGGAGAUGGGCAUAGCUUCUUCUUCUUAUGGAGUUAGGAGCCAUGUUCUUCAUCUGCAACCCCUACAGGAGAAAGAUGCAUGGACUCUCUUCUGUAAAAUUUCAUUCUCAAGAUAUCCCCAUAGGUGCUGCCCCCAGCAUCUUCUGGAGGUGUCUCAGAUCCUUGUGGGGAAAUGUGGAGGCCUGCCACUUGCAAUUGUGGCAAUGGGUGGUCUCAUGUCUUUCAAAGGUUGGACAGAACUAGAAUGGUGGAAGGUGGACGACAACCUCUCUGACAUAAACAGAAGCAGUGACAGUAUCCUUUCGCUCUGCUUCAGUGAUUUGCCUUAUUACUUGAAGCUUUGUUUGUUGUACUGUUGUGUGUUCUCUGAGGACUACCUGAUUCGAAGGAAGAGGCUGAUUAGGCUGUGGAUAGCCGAAGGUUUUGUAAGAGAAACAGGAGGCAAGGAUCUGGAGGAGGUUGCAGAAGCCUAUCAUACAGAGCUCAUUUCCAGGAAUUUGCUUGAAGUUGCAUCCAAGAACUCGUUUGGUAUGGUAAAGGAAUGCAGACUGCAUAAUCUUGUGCGUGACGUGCUUGUUUCUGUAUCAGAGAGGGAGAAUUUCUGUGUCAUAUAUGAUGGGCUUGAACCAAAGGAAGUUGCUUCUGCACGCCGCUUAUCCUUGCACAAAAUUGACAGAAGGAUCCUGUCAUGCACUGACAUGAGCAGUCUCCGUUCUUUCUUUCUGUUGUCUGCUCAAAGGAUCUCUGCAUCUUACCCAAUUAGUGGCUUACCAUUCGGAUUUAAACUGCUAAGAGUUUUGGAUCUACAGGGUAUCCCCAUUAAGAGAAUACCAGAUUGUGUGGUUGAUUUGUCCAACCUAAGAUAUUUGAACUUGAGAGAAACUCUAGUUACAGAGAUCCCUGGCUCAUUGGGAAGACUCCGUUACUUACAAACCUUAGACAUAAGGGAUUCCCAGGUGAAGGAACUUCCAAAUGAGAUAGUACAGUCACAGAGCUUGCACCAUUUGAUCACGUCCAGUCACAGACUUAGUUGGGCAGCUUUUCAUUUUAUAGAUGGAAUGAGAGUGCCUUCAAACAUCUGGAAGCUGAAAGAGUUGCGGGUUCUGGAGUGCGUGGAAGCAGAGGGAGACAUGAUUAGGCAGCUUGGAAACAUGAAGAAGUUGAGGAGAAUUGGGCUAACGAAGCUGAGUGAGGGUGAUGGGAGAGACUUGUGCACCGCGCUACAGAACAUGCAGCUUCUGUACUACUUGUUUUUAAUGGCGAGCAAUGAGGAAGAAUCGCUUGAGUUGGAUGCUCUAUGGACUCCUCCUCCUCUUCUGAAAAUUCUAAUUCUGGCUGGGAAGUUGGAGAGGGUCCCCCGCUGGUUUCGCUCCCUGGACAACCUGAUGAGCUUGCAUUUGCACUGGUCGCAAGUGAGAGAAGAUCUCCUCUCCUAUAUUGAUACAUUGCCCAACUUGGGGCGUCUCACUCUCGUCAAUGCAAAUGAUGGACACAGGCUGUGCUUUCGUGCAGGAGGGUUCCUCAAGCUGCGAAUCCUUCGUCUGUGGAACUCGUCACAGUUGUAUACAAUAGAGAUAGAGAAGGGAGCGAUGCCUUGUCUCAAAGAAUUAGAUCUUCGUAUUCUGAAUGAGCUGAGGAUGCUGCCUCAAGGCAUUGAGUAUCUUACCAACCUGAACAAGUUAACUCUGAUGGGUGUGCCCAGGGAACUAGUAGGGAGGUUGGACAAGGAUGAUAGUGAAGAUCGUUCCAGGGUCCAACAUAUUCCUGAGAUCAUUUACUAUUAUACAACACCAUCUCCGUUGUUGUAUUAUAAAAAUCUAGCUUGA